UCGCCCAAGGGGUCCCUACACGCUUUAAUGUCUGUGGGAAGAACGAAGAUGUCUCAUCCCUUCUUUACAUUCGUCUUCUGCACUUUGACUCUCAUCCCUCCAUCCCUGGCUGGUAGAGAAAAGGACUGGCACACUGUUGUCCUUGUGAAGGAGGGCGAGCUGGCCACCCUGCCUUGUUUCAGUCACUCACAGAAAGGGUCCGUGACAGUCAAUUGGAUGGUGAUGCCCGAGGGGACGGAUCAGCAGACGCUGGUCCUGUCAGCAGAUGAUCGACAACAGUUUUUGGGCGGUGCAGGCAGGAAAGGUAUGCAAUUGGCUGACAAAAACUUUCAGAAAAGUGGAGAUUUCUCGCUGCGUUUUGUCACGAGAGCCACGGAUGUGGGGCGGUUCUCCUGUCUGAUCAGCGAGGGGAGAGAAAAGCUGAAGGAGACGACCAUUUUACUGGCGAUCCUGAAAUUGUCCUUUGGCCCCUCUCCUCGCGUGCCUAUUUAUGGUACGCUCCGCCUACUGGCAGAGGUGACCCCGCCCACGGCGGUUGUCGAGGGAACGUGGAUGUCUCCGACAGGUGCUAAGUUACGGUCUGAGAUGCCCCACCCCUUCAACAAGGUGAUCGCCAAGCUGCCGCGUGUCGAUGGUCGUGACAUCGGCGUUUACAGAUGCAGCCUCCGUCUCCAUGACAACAGCAAGACCGUUUCUGAGCAUAAUAUUACCGUGGAAGUGAAUAGUCAAACACUCUCUGUGGCAUGCCUCUCGCAGUCUGUCCUCUGUCUGCCCUGUCCUCCAGUUCUGGGUGAUUAUGUUCUUCUGUACUGGCAGCGUGCAGACUCCACCCACAUGAAGCUCAUCUUCCAAUACGAUCGCUGGAGGCGGAGCUACACAAACCAGACCACGCCACGGAUCCAGCUGGCAGGCCUCACCUCCUUGUCUGAGACAGGGAAUUUCUCCUUCCUUUUGACCCCUGAACUCAAAGAUGGGGGUGUUUACCGCUGUGAAGUUUAUCUGAAUGACAACGUGUUUACUCAGAGCACGAGUGUUAGCGUCUUACAUGGCUACACCCGGUACACCCCAUCGUCCCUGGAUCUGAUUUGUGCAUACUCCCAGCGUAACCAGGUGAAGGUCAAGCUGACUCACCUCCAGAACCGGAACAAACCCCCAAAUAAAAAGGCCGUGGUGGGCCGGGUCACCGUGUCCAUUCCUCUCCCAAUCAGGGCAGAGACUGCAGGAGAAUAUGCCUGUUCACUGGAGCUGAACAACGGGCAGGUGGUCACUUACCUGUACACUGUCACGCUGCCCUCUACAGGAAGAGUGAAGAGUUGGACUCAUAACCCUCUGCCGCCCUCUCCUGAGAUAUAUCCAUCUUCUCCGUCUCUCAUCCCCUCUCUCUCUGCUCUGUUGCUCCUGGUGCCUUUGGUUGCUGUGGCAGUGGGGUUGUUGCUAUGGAGACGGGGACACUGCGUCACUCACCGCGGGGGUGUCAGUGCAUCUCUCUCUCAUCAUUCAGGUGAAGUGGAGAACAUCUAUGAGAAUCCUGAUGAUCUCAGACAACAGCACGCCUCUCCCCAGGGCUCAGUCUACAUGGAUCUGAAGCCUGUUGGAGAGACUGAUGUCUAUAGGGAGUUGAACAGGGAUGAUCAAUGCUGUUAAUGAGUGUGUGUGUUGAGAUUCACACAAAUACACAGCCUUUUCUGUCAUCAUCAUCAUCAUCAC